AUGAACAAAAGUCUUAUAGUUGUAUUAUUUCUUAUAUUCCAAUAUGUUAUAUCACAUCCUUAUUUGAUUGAAAAGAAAGGAUCUCGCAAAGUUGUAUAUGAGGACGAACAGCUUGGAUUCAACGUCAAAUGUUCUUCUUGUGUAGCUGCCUUAUCCUUUAUGAGCUUCAUUGUCAAGGCUGAUGCUUCUGUUCCAGUCAUCUUAGAGUUUGCCAAAGUUGUCUGUAAGAUAUUUGCCAAACAGAGUUGGGUUGUCUGCGAUGGAAUUUCCAAUCAAUUCAAAGAAGAAUUCUUUUAUGUGUUCCGUCGAUUGUCUUCUUCAUCAGCGUCCGAAGUUUGUGGAAUCUUAUUGCCGGACUGUGCAGAUCCUUCGGACAAGAGUCAGUCGGGAUGGGAGGUGGAACUACCUCCCAAACCGAAAAUUCGUGUGAAGUCACGUCAAUCGAAAAAAGGUCGUAAUGGCAAGAAGCUAAGAGUUCUUCAACUAUCUGACUUGCACAUCGAUUAUGAAUACUUGCCUGGCUCAGAAGCUUACUGUGCUCUUCCUGUCUGUUGUCAAACAAUGACAAAGAAUCCAACCAAACCAGCAGGUUACUGGGGAACAUCAGGAGACUGCGAUGUCCCAUUGCACACGUUGAAGCACAUGAUCGAGCACAUCAAAGCCACUGAGAAUAUCGAUUACAUAAUGAUGUCCGGUGACUUUCUGAAUCAUGUUGAUUGGAAAUAUUCCAAAGAACUUCAUAUGAACGGAAUUCACAACAUCUCUUCUAUGCUCAAGCAAGUGUUUCCUGAAACACCAAUCUACUGGGCGAUUGGCAACCAUGAGGGUGUUCCUGUUAAUAGCUUCGCACCUCAUUUCGUAACGGAAGAGAAGUUCUUGCCCACAUGGCUUUAUGAAACGAUUACUAACGUUAGCAACCCAUGGCUCAAUGAAGAAGCCGUAAAAACUAAUAAUUAUAGAGGAUCUUACUCAUCAUAUCCCGCUAAAGGAUUGAAACUGAUCUCUUUGAACACAGGAUACUGUGAAACAACUAACUUUUUCCUCUACCUCAACCAGAGUGAUCCUGAUGGAACUAUGUCUUGGCUAGUCUCAGAACUAUAUGAGUCUGAGAAAAUCGGUGAAGCUGUUCACAUCAUGGCUCAUAUUCCUCCAGGAGAUGAUGAGUGUCUCGAAGGGUGGGCUCGUAACUACUACCGCAUCGUACAAAGGUUCUCUCAAACCAUUGUUGGACAGUUCUUUGGUCAUGUUCAUCUGGAUUAUUUCAUUAUGUUCUAUGAGAAUAUGAAUGAUCCAAGCUCCAAGCCAGUCGGAGUUGCUUAUUCUUCUCCUUCCGUAACUACCUUCUCCAACAUGAAUCCAGCUUAUCGUGUUUACACCAUCGAUCCUUCUAAUAACUUUAAAGUAGAUGAUAUUGAUAACUAUUGGACAGAUGUUGAUAUGGCUGAUGAGCAGAACCCUCCAGUUUGGAACAAACUGUAUUCAGCUAAGGAUGCUUAUGGUUUAAAAGACUUCUCACCUGAUUCAUGGAAUACAGUGAUGAAGAAUCUUCUUGUAGACGAGGAACUUCGAAAGCAGUUCGUGAGAUAUUCUUACCGAAAAGAGAAAAAUAAUUGUAAUUUUAUGUGUCAAAACAGCUUGAUGUGUCAAAUCAGAAGUGGACAUCACAACAUGUCAUCGUUAUGUAUGAGCGAGAAAGCUCACGAAAGAUAUAAUUCAUAUCAAUUGGGAGACGAUCAAUCUUAUUUACAAAAUAAUCGGAUUCCCAAAUAA